AUGGCGGACAACGUCGAGUACGACCCUGAAAAGGGCAUUGAACCAGUCAAAGGCCGAGGUAUCGUCGAUGAGAAGGGCCACAAUGCCUCCUUGACGGGACGAAAGUCGUCUGUCGUCGAGUCAAUUAUUGCAGCCGACUUGCUCGAUGAACGAUAUGCCACCACUCACCGUGGCCUCAAGAGCAGACAUGCUCAAAUGAUUGCUCUAGGCGGAACUAUUGGUACUGGUCUCUUCGUCGGUUCCGGUGCAACGCUUGCUCUCGGUGGUCCUGCCUUCAUAUUGGCGGCCUAUGUCAUCAUGACCUUUCUGGUAUAUUGCGUCGUUACCGCCAUCACCGAAGUGGCCGCCUACCUCCCCGUCCACGGUGGAACCAUGUCUUAUUACGGCUACCGAUACGUUUCUCGCUCCAUGGGCUUUGCGCUGGGCUACCUCUACUGGUACGCCCUGGGUAUCCUCGUGCCGUACGAAAUUACCGCCGCCGGCCUGGUCAUCGACUACUGGCCCAACAAUGUCAAUAUCGCCGUCUGGAUGACAAUCAUGCUGGUCGUCAUCAUCGCUCUCAACUUCCUCCCUGUCAGAUUCUAUGGCGAGACGGAAUUCUGGUUCGCCGGGACCAAAGUCAUCUUGAUGGUUGGCCUCCUCAUCCUCAGUUUCAUCCUCUUCUGGGGUGGCGGACCUAGCCAUGAUCGUCUAGGUUUUAGAUACUGGCACGAUCCUGGCGCAGCACAUCCCUACAUCGUCGGAGGCGACACAGGCCGCUUUGUCUCCUUCUGGGAAACCUUGGUCCUGUCUGUUUUCCCCUUCACCUUUGCUCCCGAACUCUUGGUCGUGACGGGCGGGGAAAUGGAAUCACCACGACGCAACCUACCCCUUGCCUCCAAGCGGUAUUUUUACCGCCUGGUGAUCUUUUACGUCCUCAGUGUCUUGGCCAUUGGUCUGACCUGUCCCAGCGAUGACACCCGCUUGACUGACGGCGGGGCUGGGGCCAAAUCUUCGCCGUUCGUCGUCGCUGUCGCCAACGCCGGUAUAGGCACCCUCCCGUCCAUCGUCAACGCCGUGAUUCUUAUCUCGGCCUGGUCGUCCGGCAACUCCUUCCUCUACAUCUCCUCACGCGCGCUUUAUUCGCUUGCGGUCCAAGGCUCCGCUCCGCGAAUCUUCAAAGCCUGCAAUCGCUGGGGUGUCCCUUACAUGGCGGUCGGCUGUUCGUCCCUAUUCUGCGCUCUUGCAUACCUCAACGUCGCCUCCAAUGGCUCUACGGUCUUCAACUGGUUUGUCAAUCUCACAAACACGUGGGGUAUGACGAGCUGGGUAUGUUGUAUGAUUGUCUAUCUCCGCUUUCGGAAGGCCUGCAAGGCGCAAGGGAUCGAGCCCAUAUAUAGCAACUGGCUUCAACCUUGGGGAGCCUAUAUCGCCAUGGUGGCAUUCACAAUCCUCUGCCUCAUCAACGGCUUUACCGUUUUCUUCCCCAGCAAGUGGUCGGCGUCUUCAUUCUUGACCGCUUACAUCGGAAUCCCCAUCUUCUUCGUCAUGUACGUCGGGCAUCGGAUUGUGUUCUGGGGAGACAAGUGGGCGUGGGACCCGAUGGAGGUGGACAUGCACACGGGCUUGCAGGAGGUUAUCGACGCCGAGAAGCCACUGAAGAAGAGGAAAGGAUUCGCCAGGAUCUGCAUGAUUAUCGAAUAG